UCACGCCGGCGACGGACCCGGAAGGAGGAAACGUGCUGUGCCGAGCGGAGUGGCAGCGGCUGCCCGGGGAGGGAGCUCGGACAGGGUAAAAGCUUCCCAAUGGCGCAAGUAGGGGCAGUGGUGGCUGUGGCGACUAGUUUCUUCUGUGCAGCCCUCUUCUCAGCUGUGCACAAGAUUGAAGAAGGGCACAUUGGGGUGUACUACAGAGGUGGUGCUCUGUUGACCUCCACCAGUGGCCCUGGUUUCCAUCUCAUGCUUCCUUUCAUCACGUCGUAUAAGUCUGUGCAGACCACCCUCCAGACAGAUGAGGUGAAGAACGUGCCUUGUGGAACGAGUGGUGGCGUGAUGAUUUACUUCGACAGAAUUGAGGUGGUGAACUUCCUGAUACCAAAUGCUGUGUAUGACAUAGUAAAGAACUAUACUGCCGACUAUGACAAGGCCCUCAUCUUCAACAAGAUCCAUCAUGAGCUGAACCAGUUCUGCAGUGUACACACCCUCCAAGAGGUCUACAUUGAACUUUUUGAUCAGAUUGAUGAAAAUCUCAAACUGGCUUUGCAACAAGACCUGACCUCCAUGGCUCCUGGACUUGUCAUUCAGGCUGUGCGGGUCACAAAGCCCAACAUUCCUGAGGCAAUCCGGAGAAACUACGAACUGAUGGAAAGUGAGAAGACAAAACUCCUUAUUGCAGCACAGAAACAGAAGGUGGUGGAAAAGGAAGCAGAAACAGAGCGGAAGAAGGCUCUCAUCGAGGCAGAAAAGGUGGCUCAGGUUGCAGAAAUAACCUAUGGACAGAAAGUUAUGGAGAAAGAAACAGAGAAGAAGAUUUCAGAAAUUGAAGAUGCUGCAUUCCUAGCUCGAGAGAAGGCAAAAGCUGAUGCCGAGUGUUAUACCGCCCUGAAAAUAGCUGAAGCAAAUAAGCUGAAGCUGACCCCAGAAUACCUGCAGCUGAUGAAAUACAAGGCAAUUGCCUCCAACAGCAAGAUUUACUUUGGCAAAGACAUCCCCAACAUGUUCAUGGACACCGCAGGCAAUCUGGCCAAGCAGUUUGAGGGGCAGACCGAGGAUCUAGGCUCUAACCUAGAGGACAGCUGGGGGGCAGCCACAGAGGAGCAGUGAGCACAACAUUUUCUACAGCCUUGAAGGACACUAAAAAGAAAUCUUUCUAUUUAUUUUUCAAAGAUGAAACAAUGUCCUUUCCCCAGAACUACCUUCUUGGACUCUCUUCUAAUACUGUGAUGAAGUGGAAGAAAAAGACUUAAACCCUCACUUGCUUUGGGGGUUUGUAAUUUGGAGCUUGAACUGACAAAAUCUGAAAAGCAUUGGUUUCUUCUAAACCCUUUGGCUUCAAGCUCCAGGUUUGGCCCCUUUGAAACUUGACUUAAUUGGGGAUCGUGUCGUUAAAGAGCAGGGAAAAUUCAGAGUGUUUCUGCUAGGUGAUUUGACUCUUCUGUUUUAUGGAGAAGUAUGGUCUAGAUCUCUCACCCCUGCCUGCAAGGCAGGGGGCUUUGGGGUGAAGCCCAACAACGGAGCAAAACAUGUGUUUCCAAGACUUGCCAGCGGAUUUAUGGAAAAACAUCUGCAGAAAGUCAAUUUUUUUUUGAACUGGCAUUUCUUUUAUCACCUACAUGUAUUGUUUUAGGGAUAUACUUUCUUUGAGCCCUUGUUUUAAAAAAAUACAAUAAUGGUGCUAGGCUUUGCAAGGUUUUCUUCACGUUCCUUGCCCUGCCCCAGGGUAUGGAGGCUGGGCAGAAUCUGAUCACACAUUUCCAGGACCAGUAUGUGGUCACAGUACAGGUUUCAUAAACUUUUUUCUCCCUCUUAACAUUCUGUGGAUUUUUCCUAAACACGUAAACUCACCACAAAAGCAAGCAAGCACCACUUUCUGGUUUUACUCAGCAUCCAAAAGACAAACACUCACCAGGUCUCUAAAGCCGCUGAGGUCUCUUCUACCCUCACCCCCAUAAAGUGGUAUCUUUGCCUUGAAAAUGUGUCCCUCCAGUACCCAAGGGAACAAAGGAGAAGCCCCUUAUUAUGGGGAACAUAAAAUGGCCCUGGUCAUAUUUCUGAGGAUCUCUUCCUCGGCUCAUUUUUGAUGUGUGAGUAUCCUCUGGCUUAACUGAGACAAAGUCCAUUCCUUAAGCAGUGUAUUUUUCUGUUUUGUUUUUAAUUGCAGAACCCACUUAAGUCACUGAAUAAGCAGGUAGGAUGUUAUUAAGCCUCUAGGAGUGGCUUUGGAAAUAGAAUUCAAAGCACCUGACCAGCGUCUCUGGAACGGAACUCUUACCCCCAGAGUUUCAAACGCAGAACACUACUUUAAAAUAGGACGCUGCUUUGGAAAGCUUUGAACUAUCUUGGGAGAUUCUAAUAGUUUGUUUUAGGGGGGUUACAGCGCACAGCCAGUGGGGUAAGUCCAGCUUGCUUUAACUUGAGGUGGGGGGGGCUGUUUGGAUACAUUCAGCCAUUCUCCUGGCGCCAGCCCUGAACUUCCAUGGUUACCCUACUUCCCAGGGAAUAAGAGCAUGAAUUACUCUGGCUUGGGUCUAGGCCUCAUACCUAGACCCAUACCUAAACAAUUGACUUGCGGGGUUGGGGAGGGCUACAGGGAGAGGGGAAUUGACAUGCCUUGCCCCUACAGAGCUUCGGACUUUUUGGGAGUUUGGAGGGAGAGGAGGAAAAGGUCUGGGCAUUAUGAAGGUAAUCAGCUUUUCCUGUCUUAAACCAUGUCCCUAUUCUGGAUCCUGAGACUAAACUUUGCAAACCACUGCCCAAGCUGCCUCUUUGAGCUGCCCCAGCUCAUCCAUUGUCCAAGAAGCAAAAUCCACACAUAGGAAAGAGGGAUGCAUUCUCUACGUGGCUCCUUGAAACUCCAGGUUUAGACUGGCCACAUCCUUUCCUCAGUAUCACUCCCCUCUCCCAUCCUAGCAUCUCCUUUACAGAACUCUAAGCCCUCUUCCUUCAGAAUAUUCAGAGACUCCAAUGGAUCUGUGAUCUCACUAAUGUGGCCAUUCCCUUCAACAGUGCAACCCAUCUAUGCCCACCUGUCUUCUGAUUCUUCCUUUGGAAAGCAGUCAGUUGAUACCAGUUUCUUGGCAAAUUCAUCCUCAAUGAUUUGCCUGUUUAUAAGCUUCAUUUUACUCUAUGGGGGCAAAUACUUGCUCUCUGUAUUCCUAACUUGUUUCUUGGGUCUCACAUCAUUUUGUGAUUGUUUGACACUUUGCUUUGAGACUCAUCCUUCAAGCUGUGGUUAAUACCAUAGCCAAGAUGGAGAGUGGGAGGAGGGGGUGUCCUGGACCAUCAUGCUCACAUUUUGAACCUGGGAGCCUCUAGCUCUAGCCUACUGUGCCAUCUUGUUCCUUGCACCAGCAACACUUUAACAUCAGGAAAACUGUGUUUAAGCUGAAACCUGCUGUAUAUCUCAACCCUGUCAGUGUUAAUCCACAUUCACUUUAAAUAAUACAAAUCUGUGAGUUUCUGCUUUCACAGAUCCAAUGUGUGUUCCGUACCGGGAUGAACAUGGGAGAGCUAGCCUAUCGGUCUAUUUUGGAGAUGUGUUUAUCCAUCUUUGUUUUUUAGCUCUUACUGGAAAGAAAACCUGUUCUUUAAACCAUGUUUGAAUUCUGAACAUGGAAAUAAAACAAUAGUAGCUUGCAUUUGAACAGGCAAUAAAGUCACAGCUGCUAUUUACAGACUUCUUGGAUAGCAAAAUAUGUAACAAUAUUUUUAGAAUUCCAAGUUUUUGUAGGCUUUUCCAAAGUAAAGUCAUCCUUGAUGAAUGUUGCUUGCUCAUUAAAAUUUACAACAGCUAAUUCUUACAUUACCAUUCACUUCUUUUUUAAACAUUAACAAACGAGACUUGCAAGGAAGCCAAAGUUCAUUAUUAUUAUUAUUAGUUUUUAUGUGAGGUGUCUGCUGUUAUAACAUAAGGCAAUCAUAUACUAAGGGGUCAGUGUCCCCAUUGAUUCUAAUGAUAAGGCUUUUUUUUUAAAAGGAUGGAAAGUUUUGUAGUUAAUAUUGCCACUUUAUAUUUGUCUAGCGCCUUAUAGUUUUAUGAAGCAUUUUCACAUAUAUUAUCCUGCUUGAAUCUCACAUCAAACUAGUGAGGUUUAAAGGGGGGAGGGGGGAAUGAACUGAAGGAGAAUCAGAGUUCUUAACUGCAUCAUUUUUGUGUUUGUGUUCAGUUGAAAAUAUUGACCAAAAGAAUCCCUUAGCAACAAUGCCGUUUCAAAAUAAGUAAACAAUAUAUUUUUUUAAAACAAAUUUGGCAUUUCUCCUCAGGGUCUUGGCACCAAAACUGUUCUUCAGGAUUUUCUGCCAUUGGGUAAAUCUUAAAAAGUGAAUGCUUUCUAGUCACAAGUACUGACUUAGCCCUUUGCCAUUCAUUUAGUAUAAACCACAAGGCUUCAUAACGUGUGCCCGUUAUUUGGGCUAGUGGCUAUUCCGUAUCCAUAUACCUAACCCACCUCUUCCCAACUUCUAGGAUUCCAUCGAUAUCACAACUCCUUCCAUUUCUCUCUUCUACCUCUCCUAUCAUUUCCUUGUAAAUGAAGUAACAGACAGCCAAUCAGUAGUCUGUUCCUUUUCCUUCUCCUUUUUUAUGAGCAGGUGGUUGAAUGUUCCAAAUGAUUCUGUUUUCCAGAGGGCCCAGAAGAAUAGGUGACCCUUUAUGCUGGAGAAAUUAGUGUAUGUUAUUAUUGAUUCUAUAGAUGAUGCAGCUAAAGUUGAUUGUAUUACAUUGCUAUCUGGAAAUGGGGUUUUUUUGGACCACAUGGGGUCCUAUGUGAAUGUAAAAGGUCUUUGGGUUUUGUUGUUCAUUCUUUCAAUAAAAAUGGGUUUUUGAUUUUGGUUGGCCUUUUUGGGGGAGUAGGAGGCAUCUUAAAUGGGAUUUGGAAAUAACUGAUGCUAAAAUGCUUUCAUAGUGUGAUGUAAAUAACAGUGGGAGUGGGUCAAAACCAGCCAUUGACAUUUACUCUCUAUGUGACCCUGGGCCAGUCAUUUAACCUCUGAAUCCCAGUUUCCUAAUCUAUAAAACAGGAUUGAUAACUUUGCACUACCUACUAAACAGGAUGAUUGUAAAGAAAGUGCUUUGUGAAAUUUAAAGCACUCCAUGAAUAUGAACUGUUGUUAUGUGGUUAUUUAAUGAAUGCAUGAUUCCAUGCAUGAAAGUACAGCCUUCGCCUGUGCAGGUUGGCUUCUCAUCCUGUGCAUUUCUUAAUGCCCUUCUGAAAAAGCUUCAUAAAGUAUACAACCAA